AUGUAUCCUCAUUCAAACCCAGCUCGCCCUCGUGACGAGCUGUACAUGACCAACACCAUCUCUGAGAAUCUCAGCGGCAAAGACGCCCCACAAGAGCAACCAGUUCCUACUUCGCUCGGAGGGGCAACUCAUCCUCCUCUUGAUGGUACGCCUUACAUUUCGAAUCCCAGAACGAAGCAAGAACAUCAAAACAACCAGGAUUACUCAUUCAAACUCAUGCUGUUAGAACAGCAGAACGUCGCCCGACGAAAUAGGAUGGCUGCAUCCCAGGGCAGCGCAUACCAAAGGCCAGUCGAGCCUAAUAACCCUGUCCCUUCUUUCGGGCCGGCGCUGGUCAACAAUCAAAACAUGCCAGGCCCUUUCCCGCCGGGUCCUGUUCCAUAUCAAUAUCCCCCAGUCCCGGUGUAUCCUACCAAUGCUCCUUACGCUCCUACAAGGCAACAGAUUCCAAGUCCACAGUCUGUGGACUUAUACAAUAUGAAUCCGCAGUACUCAAACACCGUUCGCUCGGACACGUACACUCCUCCCAGCCAAGGAAGUGUCUCUCUAUCAGAGGCCAAUGACCUCAAGGCCCAAAUCGCAGCUCUGCGAGACAAGGUCCGGGAGCUGGAAGGAAAGCCCGUCCUGCCCAUAGCCUCAAAGUAUCAGAUCCUUUAUCGGAUUGAGAAAGACGGCACCUAUCCGAGUGACAACCACAGCAUGAACGAUAGCGACGAUGAAUUCAGCCCCAGGCACAGGCCACGCGGAUCUAGGCCCAGCUCUCCAUGGAUGGGGAUUUAUACCGACCCCCCUGAGCUCAUCCAUCGAAACAUGGGUGCGCCAUAUCUGCGCUGCAAUGAUCCGCUGACUAACUUCGAGCUGUACCUCGCUCUCAACAGAGACAUAUCUUUUGUAGUUUUCCGGAACUACAAAAGAAGGACCGAGCCUCAGUCACCGAACACAAAGUAUGGCAAGCCAGAGCCAUUCAGUGAGAGCAUUUUUCCAGUUUCUGAAGAUCUGAAAGACGUGAUCGCAGAUUUCCUCAGGGGCGAAGAGUUUCGAUCCAUGUACAGUGACUACCGGCACACGGGAGAGGUCCAGUCGCCUUAUCUCUUCGUCUACCAUAACCGGGGCGUUGGAGAAUCGGAAAUCAAACGAGGGCUGAGCUCAGAGGCACAAAGACAAUUUGACCUCUUCAUGGACUAUGUCCAAGAGGCUUGUGGCAAUGAAUACACUGCAGCAGACCUGCUUUUCGAGAAAGGCAAAAUUCGCCCGGAGUACGUUCAAUAUCUGUUCAAGCCCAACGAAGUCCUAGUUUGGAACCAAAAAAAAGAGCAUACAGGUUAUGUAGUCAGGGACUGGCCAAUCCGAAGCAUAGACAUCCAGGACGGCAAUCCUUGUUGGUGGAUCAGUGUCCAGACCUGGGACUUCGAUGGCGACUUUUAUAAAUCUCGGACUAGGCUCAGCUUUGUGAUUCCAUCACAGCAUGCCGUGGAGGUGCCGCCGUCGCUUAAUGUGGAUUAUUUGCCGCAUGAUUCUAGCCUUCCUCUAUCCCAUAGUGACUCAGACAAAGAGUGUGCUAUCACGGACCUUGCGGUAUACCCAAUCAAGUACGCUCCUGAUCAUCUCGUCCGGAAGCUUCAGCGCCGCGGGGAGAUUUUCUGGACAUUCCGCACGCAGAAGUACGUGUCCUAUCAGGCAACCAAAGAAGAGAAUUUCCAGACCAUGGCCGACGACCGAUACAUCAUAGACAUGAAGACAUACAACAGACUACAUCCAGUCCCGACCGGGUAUUUGAACAACGGCUCACGCAGAAAGACACUCGAUUACCGAGCCAUGACCAGAGAGCAACCCCCACCAGAGCCAUUCAGCCUGUUGAUGCCUCCGAGGGUGACUGGCUUCAACCUCCGACGCAAGAAAUGGUUCGAGCUCUCAGUCGACCGCAUCUCACAUGUCGAGUGGAACAAAGACGCCUUCGAGAGUUUAGCCAUCGACUCUAAAUCCAGAGACCUUAUCGAAGCACUGGUGACCAACCACGUCGAGCCCGAGUACUCCGCCGAUUUGAUCGCCGGUAAAGGCAAUGGACUUAUCUUGCUUCUGCAUGGUGGGCCGGGAACAGGAAAAACACUGACCGCAGAGAGUGUGGCUGAAAUAGCCGAGAGGCCUCUCUAUCGAGUCACAUGCGGCGACGUCGGCAUCAAGCCCGAGGAGGUAGAGAAGUACCUCGAGUCUGUGCUACACCUGGGCAAGAUCUGGAACUGCGUAGUCCUGCUCGACGAAGCGGAUGUUUUCCUCGAGCAGCGCAGCCUGGAAGAUCUGAACCGGAACGCGCUCGUAUCGGCUUUCCUGCGCGUGGUGGAAUAUUUCGAGGGAAUCCUGAUCUUGACCACUAACCAGGUAGGUACCUUCGAUGAGGCGUUCAAGUCGCGUAUCCAGCUGGCACUCCACUAUCCCCCCUCGCGACUGGAUGGGUUUGAUGAAGAUGCCGUUGAUGUUGAAAAUCUUAUGGGGAGCUUGGAUGUGCUUCAGAGGGAGAAGUUGAAUGGUCGGCAAAUUCGAAAUGCCGUCACCUCUGCUCGUCAGUAUGCAAAGUGGAAAAAAGAGGUUCUCACGUAUGAUCACCUCAAGGAUGUGAUUGAGGUGUCUGCGAGGUUCGAUGACUGA